CGCUGACGCUGCAGCGAUGCCCCUUAACGAUCUAGAAGCAGCGGCGAGGGUGUUCACGGUCCCGUCGUUAUCGAGAUAAACAAGAGGAAGGAGGCGGCGGAAGGGAGACGAGCGGCCGAACAGCGGCGUGGAAGAAGGCACGAGAAGAAGAGGAAGAGGGUAGCGUCUCCUCACAGGUGUCGCUUCAGAGCGCUACCACUCGAGGCCACAUUUGCUGCUGGUACCGUGAACGCGAACGGUGAACCGAUGCACCGACGCCGGUAUUCCACAUCGAGCGUGCGUUCAACGUCACUACGGAACAUCCUAUCAGUGCGGUAACGAGCGGCCAGACGCUCGUCUCGCGCGCGUACACGCGACUUUCCACGAAGCCGGAACUACCGCUGUUGCGUAGCGUUCCGAUUUGGGAAAACGGCGCGCGAUCGGCGCGAAACUGUCCAACAUACGAACCAUAUCGGUUUCGGCAUCGAGAUCCAGAAUGCGUGUGUCGCGAUCUUUCAAUCGGGUCGUCCGAAAAUCAACCCACAGCUUAAGAUCGUGAGACGACGUAUCGUGAGGAACCGUACGAAAAUCAGCGGUAUUCGGCAUCGUGAUGGCGUCCGUUCGUGACCGUCCGCGCGAAAACUUCCGGGUCGGCCCACGAAAUACGAGAUCGCGAGUUGCCGGCUACGAGGUUCGAUAUCUCGGUGGAUCGUAUUUCUCGGCGUAUUCGUCGAGGUUACGGCAAUAGUUUCGCUAACAAGAGUAGAGACUUUGCUCGUGGCACGUUUGACGAAUAUCGUUCGGGGCGUGCAUGCGGUGUUUCGUUGAGCCGGAUGUUCGUCGAAGAAGGGGAGCACCGAAGAAAACACCGUUAACCACCGAAAAUUCGAAUUCGUGGAAGACCAUCGUACCUGAUUCUGUCGAGCGUUGAAAAGUAGAGGGACAUCGACACGGACACGAAGCGAACGUGGCAUAGUGUGCGAAGGUAAGGUGCGCAGGGUGGCAUCGGCCGAUCGUUUGGUCAAAGUCGACUGGUAGGACGAGAAGACCGGUCGCGCGAGCCGCGGGACCGAGCACACUGUCACGAGCAGGCUCGUGCGUGCACACGCGCGUCGCUGCGUGCGUACGAGGAUGGCCGUUAUGUAAUCCGCUUCAGCCUACGCCACGCGCAUGAGUAAUCUGAAAAUCGCGAUCAAGAGCAAUUUAACGGGUACUCGGAGAUAUUUCCACGAGCGUCCGCGUAAUUUCAUCGGAGAAUGAUACCGGAAACGACGAGCACAGGUCAGUCUCUCGAUGGAAAAUAAUCGUUUCGAGAAGAGAGAUACUGUACGAACAAAUCGUUCUACUCGACGAAGCAACGUGAGCACGGUGAAACGAAAGGAAUACUAUCGAUCAGACGGUAAAGAUUCUGACUAUUACUUUCCGCAGUCUGAUGCUCGUUUAAUCAAGAGAGACGAUCAGCAUCAUCGCGAGAAACUUGACCGAUCCGUUAGAGGUUAAAGGCUGCUACACACUCUGCCAUGAGACCGCGGCAGGCUGUAAACGUCGCGGUUCCAUUUCUCGAUACGGUCGUGAUCGUACGGACGACGAGGGUGCGGUAAAGUGACUCCGGAGAAACGUAAGAGAGACCGAUAAGAACAAUCUCCGGCGCGACGAUCAAGGGUGAGACAGAUAUGGAUGACAGCGUGCAGAAUGGCCUACAGGCCGAGCAGUGGCUCCCAAUGUUCGAGAAGGGAGAAAAGAGAGCGAACUCGCUGGGCAGUGGAGCGUUCAGGUUCAUCCGCACGCGCAGCAGUAUCCGGCGGGAACUCAAGAGGCAGUGCAACAGAGGCAAGAACGGGGACUCCUCGACGGUUGUGGAGGCUGGCAACGGUAGCAGUGGCGGAGGAUUGGGAAAAUGGUUGCGCGAACAUUUAGGAGGCGGCUCGAAGGGCGGUCAGGACGGCUGCGUUGCUACGAAAAUGACCAGCGGCGUGGCGGUUGAGAGUCCCGGCAACGAAAAGCCCUUCGGGAAGACCAUCUAUACUUCGCAAAAUCUGUACUGUAGUCUGCCGAGGGACCACGGUCGGCAUGCUUACAAUGGCGGCCGAAAGGCUGGCCACGGGAAUUCCGUGAAGCUUCAAGGUCAUGAUCGACAACGAUGCGCCAGCGUGAACCAUCACGAGAAGAUCACCUUCAGCGACCUUGGUACUUUGACGAGGGGCGGGCCGAUCUAUGGUAGCGAGGGGAAGACACUGAAGAAACGAAAUCGCGAUCGACGCAGGCAUUCCCUGAACGAGAUUCACGAGCAGGGCCGGCAACGUCGUAAAAGGUGA